CUCGAUCAGCUGAUUGUCAACAGAACCCGAACUUUUAUCGAAUUACUUUGUAUUUUCUGCAAAAUCAGCGAAAAUAUGACUAAAAUUAGAAAAUAAAAUGAGAAAAAAGUAUUAUAAACAACUAGAGUCGUUAAUAACAACAGAAAUUUGUCUGUUACUCUUAGUAUUUAGUUGAUAAAAACUAUGUCCGAACCAAUUGAACUUCAACAGUUAGUAGACGAUGAAACUGAGGACGAAAUAAAGAUACACCAAUCAAAAUUAAAGUGUCGCAAGUACCCGUAUUUAGGCUUGAUUUUAGCCACUCUAAGCGCAGUCUUUUUUUCUCUGUGUUCAGCAAUCGUUAAAUGGAUGUCAGACGUAGACCCUAUGGCUCUAGCUGCCUACAGAUUCCUAGGAGUACUAUUACCGACCAUUCCAAUCGCUAUAUACAAUCAAAAACCUUGUUUUCCCAAAGACAAAAGGAUCAUGCUCAUUCUACGCUCAUUCACCGGUACUACAGCGCUAAUGUUGAGCUUCUACGCCUUCAGACACAUGCCUCUAAGUGACGCUACGGUUAUAGUUUUCUCCGUACCAGUAUUUACGGCAGUUUUCGCCAGAAUGUUCUUAAAAGAACCUUGCGGAUGGUUCAAUAUAUUUUCUGUGAUCGUAACCUUAAUAGGAGUCGUCUUGAUAACUAGGCCCCCUAUAAUUUUCGGGAAUACCAUAGAGUCUCUGGGGGACAACGGACAGUCCCCUGAAAUAUGGGGGGCCGUGGCUGCCUUCAGUUCCACCCUUUUUGGAGCCAAUGCCUUUGUUAUUUUGAGAGCGCUGAAAGAUGUUCAUUUUUCAGUUAUUAUGACCAAUUUUGGUGCGUUUGCGUUUGUUCAGUGUCUGAUAGUUUCCUACUUUAUCGGGGCGUUUUGUUUGCCAGUGUGUGGCGCUGACAGGUACCUUAUUGUAGCUCUAGCUCUGUUCAGUUUUUUAGGUCAAAUUUUACUGACGGUUGCUUUACAGUUAGAACAAGCUGGUCCAGUUGCUAUAGCGCGUAGUACUGAUAUAGUGUAUGCUUUUAUCUGGCAAGUGUUGUUUUUUGAGGAAAUACCAAACAGGUUUUCUAUUAUGGGGGCGAUUUUAGUUAUGAGUUCUGUUAUAUUAACUGGAUUGAGGAAAUGGGUGAUUGCUUUGCCUAGGGAUGCUCCAAUGCGACAGAAGUUUUAUCUUUUAACUAAAUAAUGCUGAAUUUUUUGAGACACUGAGUUAAGAUUUCCUAGUAGGUUUUUGGUCGAUAAUUUUUUUUAUGUACUUACCCAUACCUACCAUUUAUCUCUGCAUUCUUUUUGUGAUAAGGAUUUUUAGAAAAUUGUUAAAAUUGUCAAGAGAUUCAGGGAUAAUGAAUGCUUAAAUAGGUUUUUAUAUUCCUAAAAUUUAUAGUCAUUUUUUGGUGCCAUAAUAAUUACAAUUAAUUCAUAUUUGUGAUGUUUAAAUUUGUAUAAUCUAGUAUUUUAUAGUUAAUAUUAUUAGCCAUGAAAAAAAAAACAUAUAAGUAUAACAUUUUUAUACCAAUGAAAUAUAUUAGUCUGCCUAUAUUAAGCAUUAUUUAAUAAAAAAAAAAAUGUUCUCUCUAUCUAUGUAACUUGAGUCUAGUCAUUUUGUUGUCUAAUAUAUAAUAUAGUAAUUUGUAAUAAUUAGGUAUGUCAUGAUAUUACUCCAGUGCUAUAAUAAUAAGUUACGAUCAAAUAAUUUUGUUUUGUAUUAUAUAAAACAAUCACUAAACCAAAGAUCUGUUUUACUACAAAAUUGUAAUAAAAUAUAACGUAAAACAAUUA